UUGGAGAUGGUGCCCUAAACCUCCUGCAACAAGUAAAGGCAGGCCAGAGAGGCUCAUGGGAGGAGGAGGGGGAGAAGGGAGAGAGAGAUAAUGCUGUGGGACUGAGAGAACACAAGAGAAACCAUUCCUCUUCUCGUCUCUCUGCUUUUCUUUCUUGUUUCCUCAGCAUCCGGCCACACAUCUGAUGUCUGAGGACUUUUCUUGUUCUGUCUUUCAGUGAUUCUGGUUCCUGUGGAGUCACGAGAACAACUUCAGCAGAAGAAGAAGAGGGUCAGUGCAGCAGGAGGGCCAUGAGCUCCUGGUUCAGCUGGAACGAGCCGUACAGCCGGACCCCCCGGCGGGACAUGGAGGAGGUGGUCAGCGACACCCUGAUGCUGGAGUUCAACUGGCAGCUGAAGGAGGCGGAGAGGCAGCAGAGGGAGCGGGACAACGAGUACCGGCGGCUGCAGAGCGGCGUGGACUACAGCUGGCUGGCCAACACGCCCCGCUGCUCCUUCAAUGUCAGCCCCGGGGAGAGCUUCGGCCUGGAGGAGCUCUGCUGCAAGGUGCCCCCCCCCUACUGCGGCCUGGUCAUACUCAAGUUCAGGGAGGCCAUGCAGGCCAAUGACCCCGACGUGCAGGAGGUGUCCGGCCUGUUUCGCUCCGUCCUCCUGGAGACUCUGGACGGACUGAAGGAGGAGCAGGAGGCGCAGCGGUUUUCCAACCAGUGGAACAACAAGCGCGCCGUGAGCAUGUCCCUCAUGAACUUCAGGUCCCGCAUCAAGAUCAACCCGUUCGGCAGCACCGUGGGCCUGACCACCUCCGGGACCGACGGGACGGGACUGAGCGACCUGAAGACGGUGUCCGAGGACGUGGAGCGAGCGCAGAGGACGUGGAGCAUGCCUGACUUCAGAUACAAAGGAGGCAGCGGCAGCAGUAAGGUCGUCUGAGGCGUUCACAGGACAGUGGUGGUGGUUGGUGGACGCUUCAGUGGGACAGAUGUUCACUUUGCACCAAGCGAGGCAGGAUAAUUCCCACAAUUCUCCAGGUCUUUGCAGUAUGACACCAAUCACCAUUUCAUCAAUUCACACAUUAAAGAGCAGGUGUUUUUCUCGGAUUCUCUGCAACUCGACUUCACUUGAAACCGUUUUAACUCAGUGUGAAAUAAUCAGCUCCUACAGUGAUGCGUUUUAUAUUUAGUAUAAAUUGAGAGCUAUUUCGUGCAGGCCUAAUAGGAAUAUGUAUUCAAUUUAAAUGUCAUUUAAAGGCUUUCUUGUCUCAUACAUGUUUCAGGAGCUUAUUAAAAAUGUUGUUUUAUGUCACACGACACUAAAUGGCUGCAGAGGUGAAUGGUCCGUUCUGUCCGAAUGUGUGUUGCUUGAGAUUUCUGUAUGAAUUGUAUGUACAUAACAAAUGACUGCUAAAAGUCAAUGCUCAACAUUAACGUCACUCAGAGGCUGAGUCAUGCUCUCCCUUUACAGACUGCUCACUGUUUUCUUCCCCAACAGCACUCAAAGACUUGGCACAAUAAUUCAUCAUUCAAGGUCAGCAAACUGAAAGCUUUUCUUCUGUUCUUCACCUGCAACAGGGCUUAAAAUAAAGAGACUCAAAUAAAUGAUCACUAAGUGUUACUAAAAAGUUAAA